AUGCUAAGAACAGUUGGAAGAUUAAACAGUUCGAUUCCUCGGACAAAGUUGCUCAGGGAGGCUAGUGCUCCCCAUGUGAAUGGACUAGAUGUGUUAUGUGGACAUAGGAGCAUUAGCAGUGUCAGUUUUGCCGGAGGUGCUGUUGGAGGCUUGAAAAAUGACGAGAUAUCGGUAAAUUCGGGUGGUAAUAGUUAUUUGAGUUUGAGGAGGAGACCCUCGCUUGCCGUACCGAACGGCAAUGCCAGGAGAUUUAUGGGAGUAGGAGAAAGAUCUGGUAUCUUGUACAAUAAACUGGGUGUUCGUUCAUAUGCAAAAAAUUACAAUUUGAAUUUGAACAACGAUCAGGGUGGUGAUUCGGCGCUCUCUCAGUUUGGUACGAACUUAACGGAGUUGGCAAAACAGGGGAAAUUGGAUCCCGUCAUUGGUCGUGACCAGGAGAUUUCUCGUGCCAUUCAAAUUCUUUCCCGUAGAACGAAGAAUAACCCAGUUUUGAUUGGUAGGGCUGGUGUUGGUAAAACGGCAUUGAUCGAUGGGUUGGCUCAGAGGAUUGUGGCCAACGAGGUCCCUGAUUCAUUAAAGGAUAAGGAGUUGUAUGCAUUAGAUCUUAGCUCUUUGGUAGCUGGUGCAAAGUACCGUGGUGAAUUUGAGGAACGUUUGAAGAACGUUUUGGAUGAAAUCGACAAGUCCAAUGGUAAAAUCAUCGUGUUCAUCGAUGAAGUGCACAUGCUUCUUGGUCUAGGUAAGACUGAUGGUUCGAUGGAUGCAUCCAAUAUUCUAAAGCCACGUCUAGCCAGGGGUUUAAGAUGCAUAAGUGCCACCACGUUGGAUGAGUUCAAGAUAAUUGAGAAGGAUCCAGCCUUGACCAGAAGAUUCCAACCUAUUAUCUUGAAUGAACCUUCGGUUCCUGACACUAUUUCCAUCUUGAGAGGUCUAAAGGAGAAGUAUGAGGUGCACCAUGGUGUGCGGAUUACUGACUCUGCUUUGGUUUCUGCUGCGGUGCUAUCUAACAGGUACAUCAAUGACCGUUUCCUACCGGAUAAGGCUAUUGAUUUGGUUGACGAAGCUUGCGCUGUUUUACGUUUGCAACAUGAGUCAAAACCAGAUUCCAUCCAAGCUAUUGACCGUGCAGUUAUGACAAUGCAAAUAGAAUUGGAAUCUUUGAAGAAGGAGACGGACGCAGUUUCUGUGGAAAGAAGAGAGCAGCUCGAAAAGGAGUUGGACCUGAAGAAGAAAGAAUUGAAGAGAUUGACUGACAUAUGGGAAAAGGAGAAAUCUGAGUUGGAUUCGAUUAAGUCAGCCAAGGAAGAUUUGGACAAGCUAAGAACAGAAUUAGAAAUUUGCCAAAGAGAGGGCGAUUAUGCAAAGGCCUCCGAACUUAGAUAUGCCAAGAUCCCAGAGUUGGAAAGAAAAGUGGCUCUGAAUGAAAAGAAGGAUAAGGAAAACAGUUUAUUGCACGAUUCUGUGACAGCGGAUGAUAUAUCUAAGGUCAUAUCCAAAAUGACCGGUAUUCCUAUGGAAACCGUUCUGAAGGGAGACAAGGAUAGAUUGCUAUUCAUGGAGAAUUCUCUCAGAGAGAGAGUUGUUGGUCAAGAUGAAGCAAUUGACGCCAUUAGUGAUGCCGUUCGUCUUCAAAGAGCUGGUUUGACCAGUGAAAAGAGACCUAUUGCAAGUUUCAUGUUCUUAGGUCCUACAGGUACUGGUAAGACGGAGUUGACGAAAGCUUUGGCAGAAUUUUUGUUCGAUGAUGAAUCAAACGUUAUCAGAUUUGACAUGUCGGAAUUCCAAGAGAAGCAUACAGUGUCAAGAUUGAUUGGUGCACCACCAGGUUAUGUCUUAAGUGAGAGUGGUGGUCAGCUAACUGAAGCAGUUAGACGUAAACCUUAUGCUGUGGUUUUAUUCGAUGAAUUUGAAAAAGCUCACCCAGAUGUAUCUAAAGUUUUGUUACAGGUGUUGGACGAAGGUAAAUUGACUGAUUCUCAGGGUCAUCAAGUUGAUUUCCGGAAUACCAUUAUUGUCAUGACAUCGAACAUUGGUCAAGAUAUCUUAUUGAGUGAUUCAGAUGUCGGAGAAAGCGGUAAGGUGAGCAAGAAGACUAAGAAUAGCGUUAUCGAAGCUGUUAAAAGAAGGUACCCACCAGAAUUCAUCAACCGUAUAGAUGACUUGAUUGUCUUCAACAGAUUAUCGAAGGAAGUCUUACGCUCAAUUGUUGAUAUUAGACUCAAGGAAAUUCAAGAAAGAUUGAACGAAAAGCGUAUGACUCUAAAAUUGUCUGAUGAGGCAAAGAACUGGUUAACAGACCGCGGGUAUGAUCCUUUGUACGGUGCUAGACCAUUGAACAGAUUGAUCCACAAGCAAAUUUUGAACCCAAUGGCUAUGCAAUUAUUGAGGGGCCAGCUCAGACAUGAAGAAACCGUCAAUGUUGUUGUUAAAGAUGGAGAAUUGUGCGUUGAGCCUAACCAUGAAGCCGAAGUUACCGGCAAUACUGCCUCACCGGAAGAGAAUGUUGAUUAG